UGGAGUGGUAAUCAACUAGUAGCAACAGCCAACAACUAAACUGGAAACUGGAAGUGUACUGUGUAGUGUGUACUGUGUAGUGCCGUAGUCGUAGUGGCACGCUGUAUUGUCUGUUGAGAUUUGAGAUGGUUUCUCAUCAGUUUGCCCUUCUCCUUUUGACUAAAUCAUAGAUAAAUUUGACGUUAAUGCUACUUGUAAACUCUAUUAUGCCCCAUUAUUUCAAUAAUGAUUUUCAAGUGGGUUUAUUGUUCGUUGUUAAUAAUGUACAGCUGUUUUUUCGGCCGAACUUUUGGAAAUUGGAUGUUGACAGGACUAUUAGACUAUGCUUAUGACAAGUUGGGUUCUGAAAGAUGUUCUGAUUUUUUUACUUCAAACCUUAAAGAGAGUGGUAAAUGAUUUUUGUUUUAUACACCAUGGUUUAUCUGUCUGUCAAGACAAUCUAGCAUGCACAGAAUUUUUGGCGAUGUUCACAAACAUUUAGCUUUUGUAUGGGACGUUUUGUUUUUCUCAAGAGAGACAGUCAGUGAUGAUAACUUUACGAACUAAUUUAAGUUCACUCGUUUUUGGCCAGCCGUUUGUGAGCCAGGCCGUAUUGCCGUUGCUGAUUUCGCACCGUCGAGCCAACAUGUACCAUGACAAAGCACUCGUGAUGAGUUUUCAUGGAAGCCAAGGAACAGGCAAGAAUUACGUAGUGAAGAUAUUGGUUGAGCACUUGUACAAAAAUGGUCUAGCGAGCCGUUACGUCCAUUAUUUCAAUGGGAGAAUUCACUUCACAAAACAUUCAAAAUCUUCUAAACACACUGAAGAUUUGUUGAAAGCUGUCAAAGAUGGUGUUGACUUGUGUCCAACAUCAGUGUUUAUUUUCGAUGAAUUAGAAAAAUUCCCUCCAAGAAUUUUAGAUGCAAUCAAAAUGUUUAUUGAUUAUAAUCCUUUCAUUUAUGAAACUGGUUAUCGGAAUGCAAUGUUCAUAUUUUUAUCUAACUCAGGGAUGGAAGUAAUAAACAAAAAGACUUUUGAACUGUGGACCCAACAAAUACCGAGGCAUGAAUUCAAGCUGAACGAUUUUCAAGAUUUAGUAAGGGAAGUUUAUAAUGCGGAAGGUGCACUGAAGAAUAGCGAAUUGAUCACAUCAUCUUUAAUUGACCUAUUUGUUCCUUUUUUACCACUUGAAAAAAGUCAUGUGAUACAAUGCAUAAGAGUGGAAGCUUCAAAGCAGGGUGAAGACAUAACGGAUGAACAAAUCGAAGAAGUGUUGUCCAAUUUAGACUUCCAGCCCGAAGACAUUCAAACUUUUUCAAGGAAUGGAUGCAAAAAUAUUAAAAACUAUGUUUUGCUCAGUUUAAAAAAGAAGCAUUGGCAUACUGAAUUGUAAUUCAUCAAGGAAUUGUGCUGUGAAAUGUUUAAAUUUGAUGCUUACAACAUAGUGCUUGAUUCAUAAUGCUUGCAAUCGAAUUGUUGUUGAUCGUAUUUAAAUUAUUGUAAAUGAUUUUAAUAUUGAGAAAAUUACAUUGUAUUUAACAGAGAAAAAAACAUACCUAUGAUACACUUUACAAAAUAAGCAAAUAGAAAAAAUAAUUCUAACAUUAAA